CUGCCCCCCACCCUGCCCACCGGCUCCUCUGGGACGCUGGCCGCCCUCCGAAUGCUGCAGCGGGUCCAGGCCCACGAGGGACCGGGGCAGGCGUUUCCCUGGCAGGCCUUCACCGCAGCCCUGUGCGCCGAGGAGCCCACGCUGGAGGGGCCGGAGGGGGCCCUGGCUGUCAAACCACGUCUGCUGCUGCUCCCUGUCGUGUGCCAGAGAAACCUCUUCUCCCUUCUCCUCGUGGUGCAAGCCAUGGUGCCCGGGGGCUGCCUCAGCCGGCUGCUCCAGGCCAUGGAGCAAGAUUCCCAUGUGGAUCCCUGGGUGCAGACGCUGGGAGCUCUGCUCCGGCAGGGACCGACGGGAGGGGAGCGCUCCCCACCUCCCAUUCCUUUGUCAUCCACAUGCCAGCAGCAGCUUAGGUGUUUGUGCCAGAAAAUUGCCCAGAACAAACCAGAGGGGCAAAGAAAAUUGAACUGGUGCUUCAGCAAGCAGCCCGGUGCUGCCGGGGACGUGGCUGACUCUGUGCCUCAGGGUGGGAAGCGCAAGAAAGCGUUGGAGGAGAACCUGGAGUUGGAGGAGGAAAGAGAGGAGAAGAGGUUGCUGCUGGAGGAGGUGGCAUUUGAACCCCCAGGAACCCAGGAGGAUGGGGAUGCGGCAGGGGUGGAAGAGGAGGUGCCUGGGGAGACUUUGGGGCACAGAUCUGCUCAGAGCCCAGCCGGAGCUGCUCUGGAAAGCUCCCAGCAGGAUGCAGCUGAGGAGCCCAGGAAGAUUUCCCAGGCAGAGCUGGCAGCGGAGAUCCAGUCCUUUCUCCAGGUGCAUGGACCGAGGCUGAAAAUGCUGCUGCAGAAGGAGUCCGGCCAGUCGGAGCUGAGCAUCCCCCCCGAGCUCCACGUCCUGAACAACUGCUCUCCUGGCCAGCUGGAGGGGUUGUGCUCCUUCCUCCAGCUCUCCACGUGCCCAGAGCACCUCCUGGUGCGUUUCUGUGGCUGGUUGCUGGCUCUCACCCCCGACCUCAGCUACACCAGCGCAGCCAUCCUGGCAGAGCAGCUCUUUCUCAGGCGAGUCCUGUCCCUCACCCAGCCGCCUUCCCGCCACCUCAUGGCUGCCCUCGUUUCGUUUUGCUCCAAGUAUUCCCAGCCCUUCUGUCGAGUCCUGGUGGCUACGGUCCUGCGGGAGCCGGGGGAAGGUGCUGAGCAGACCAAGCUGGUGUGCGAGCUUGUGGAGGAGUGCCUGGAGCCAGACGGUGUGAGACUGGUGCUAAGCCAGGUCCUGGAGGUGCCUUUGUCGGAGAAGCUCCUGCCAGUGGUGCAGGCCGUGCUGGGGCGGCAGGAGGUGCUGCCCCCCGAGCUCUUCGAUCUCCUGGUCCUGACACUGUGCCAGCAGGCCCCAGCCUUCGCCAGCUCGCUGAAUUACGCCAAGCUGGUGACGGCCGUGCUGACCAUGUACCAAAGCCAGGUCACCCCAGCCCACCGGAGCCGUCUGGCGGGCGGGGGCCUCUCUUGUGGCGGGACGGCAGCCUCCACGCUCCUGGUCUGCCCGGGGCGGUGGGAAACUACCGAGGGCCCGCAGAAGCUGUGCCGGGGUGCGGUUGGCAGCGAGUUUCCCUUUUCUUGAUUUCUCUCCGCUUUCUGUCUCCUCCUCCCAGGUGAACACCAAAGGGAACCGCAAGGCAAUGGCUUCCUUGAGUGGAAGAUGCUCAUUAGGUGACCGUAGCUGCAGCCCAGUCCCUCACUGGGGUUCACUACCAGUACGACAGAGACCCAGCGAGCACGGGCUGUGGCACACAGACUGCCCAUGCCUCUGCCCUGGGCCUUGCGGCGAAGCCUUGUGCUUGGCCAGCCUGGUUUGAGGUGGGCUAUUGCUGGGUGACACCACCGCAGCCCCACGCACACCCUGGGGCUUGAUGAUGAGGGGUUUCUUGGUUAAACAAUGAAUACGUUUCCAGUCAGCUCUGUGUCUGGCAUGUCUCUGGGCUGCCUCAGAGCCUGCUGCCACACUCAAGAUGGCAGCUCCCUCCUUCCAGCCUGCCACGCUCAAGAUGGCGCUCCCUCCCCACCUCUCCCAAGAUGGCGGCAGAGGAGGAGCUGCGGAGAGGCCGGGCUGCAGGACGGCUCAGGGCAGCCCCUCUCCUUUCCUCUCCCUCUCCUCUCCUCUCCCAACCUCCAGCGGUGCAGGCACCACCAGACCCUGGAUUGCCCCAUAUUGGCACUGGGCCCACGGGCGUGAGGGAUGGCUGGCUGUGCAUCACCUGGAGGGGGGUAAUUGCUGACUUUUGUAGAUGUUUUGGGCCCAAAAGGUGGGGGUUUUUUCAUCAGGAAAACAAAAAAUCCAUUAUUUUUGCGUUAUUGAUGGAGUAAUGUCGGCACACAAGUACCUGAAGGAUGCCUGAAGGGGGGCUGCAGCGAUCCUGGGCCCAAGGCCAGCUGCCAUUUCCCCUUGGAGAAGAAACACCCAUUUUCCCUGAUGUUCCCUUAUUAAAAAGGGUUUUCCAUCAAGUAGGUGCGCACGUUAACCCAGCCAGGGAAGAAGCAGAAGCACUUCUCUGCUUUCAGGUCCCCUUUGGCUUGAUGAGUAGGCUGGAUGACGUGAUGUCUCCUACCCUGUGCCAGCAUCUCUGAUAACUUUAUAAAUCUGAAGAGCUUGACUGAGCAUCCGUGUGUCUCAUCAGUCCGGUUUGCAGGUGUCCCUACUUGUUUUAAGCCACCACUUAAAAAGUGGUGUGGUGUUUUGACCCUGGCUGGACGCCAGGGGCUCACCAAAGCCGCCCUAUCACUCCCCUCUUUA